AUGGAAGAAGCAGAAGAUGAGAAAAAAUUUUAUAUUGAAAAGUUGACAUCUGAUGAAAAUCUAACUGCGUCACAAGAACUUGAAGCUUUAAAUAAAUUGUGUGAAUUACUUGCAAACCAAAAUUGCAGAUCUUCCCUUGAUUCAUCAAAGAUCACACCUGACCUUCUACAAUUUGAAUUUUUACGUUAUAUAUUUUUAAGAAGAUUUAAAUGGAUGGAAGCAAAGAAUUGUCAGGAAUCAGUGAAAGAUGGUGCCUUAAACCAGUCAGAAUUAUGUGGUCCAUUAGAUCAAAUCCUGUCAUGUUUAUCCAAAGAAAAAUUAACAGAAGAAUCUCUCAAGUCUUAUAAAAGAUUGUAUAAUCAUGUGAACUGUUUACCAGUUGUUAGAAGUCAAUUAGCAGGACAUAUUAUGCUAUGGUUGUCUAAUUCUGAUACUUAUAUCAACUCAUCUCAUUUAUUUCCUUAUAUAUUGGAGAUUUUAGUGCUGUUUAUUACUGAUGUAUGGUCUGCCAUAAGAAAGACAAGUUGUUCAAGACUGGGUGUUAUUGUCAAGUUUUUAGAUGACACACAUACAGAAUUAUUAUUUAGACAACUUGUGCAGAUAUGCUGUGAUAAUGAGAGUGAAUGGCAACCCAUCAAUGGUGCAAUAUUAGGUAUAACUGUGAUAUUAAAUCAAUAUGUCUCAGAUUCUAAGUGUAUUCCUGAAUCUAUUGGGCAGAGGAUAUUACCCACAAUCUUUCAGCUAAUAUGUCAUCCUCAACUAAGUAUACGUGAAACAACUGUGAAAGCUUUAACUGUUUAUAUCACAAGUUGUAAUACUCAUACUGUUACUUCUACUUUACAUCAAGUUAUCACUUUACUUGGUUAUAAACCAAGUACUCAUCAACUAGAGAUCAGCACUGAUAGUUUAGUUGAAGCAUAUAAAGCUGAAGGAUUGUUAAAGAUAUGCUCUUCAAUAAUAAAGGUGUUAUCAGUAUCAUGUUAUUGUUUCAGGUGUUACCAUUAUCUUGUUAUUAUUACAGGUGUUACCAUUAUCAUGUUAUUAUUUCAGGUGUUACCAUUAUCAUGUCUGUUGUCAGAAUGGUUAUCAUAUCUAACAGUGUUUAUAUCUUAUUUAUCACAUGAAGCGUCUACAGUGCGACAAACUACUAGUCUUGUAUUUAAACAAUUAGUAUGUAAAUGUGGUAGUAAUCCAGUAUUGUUCAAAUCUAUAAUUGGUAAUUUGGUUUUAGAUUGGUCAUCAAGUUGUGGUACUACUACAUACCAAGAAGAUAACUGCAGUAGAGUAAAGACAUGGGAGUGUAAAGAGGGGAGAUUAUUUGUGUACGAGUUGAUCUGUGAAUAUUUAGUUAAGAAUCAUUGGUUGAUGACAUUUGGUCCUUUACAACCCACAAAACAUGGUGAAAUACGCAGAUUAUCAACAUCAGCUUUAUCUACUAGUGUUAUAAAUAAAGAAGAACUAGAGAAGAUAGCCAGUACAUCGCCAAUCUGGAGUGAGAUAUUAUCAGAGCUAGCUGGGAAAUCUUUAUUACAUCAGACAUAUUUAUAUGAUAGGUUUACACUUCAGUUUGAAGACUCUAUUAAAGAUUUUGGUUGGUUAUUUAUGGAACAAUGUAGAAGACAUAAUUCUGAUAAAAAUACACAAUACAUUGAAGAUAUAUCUUGGUUAAAGACAGUUAAAAUACAACAUUGUCAAGACUUACUGCAUACUAUAUUAUAUCAAACUCUAGAAUGUCUUUUAGAUAAUCAGUGGGAGUUGAAAAGAAUAGCACAACAAGUGUUACUGUUACUAUGUAAAAAAAGAUGUGAUUAUGUUGUUUUUGCAGGUGUUACCGUUACUAAGUGUGUUACGAUUAUUAAGCGAUUGUGUCGUAUUUUGCAAGUGUUACCAUUACUAAGUGAUUAUGUCGUAUUUUAUGAUAUUUUUCAGGUGUUACCAUUACUAAGUGAUUAUGUUGUAUUUUAUGGUAUUUUUCAGGUGUUACCAUUACUAAGUGAAGUAAUAAGGUGGUAUGAUAUAGAUUUGAAUAAAUCUAUCAUCAAAGAUAAUUUAGCCUCUAACAAUCCAACUAUGGUAUAUAUGGCAUCAUUUCUAUUAAAAGAAUCAUUAGAACACUGUGUCAGACUGUUACCACUGCUGAAAGAUCCACCAAAAUCGUGGAAGGAUGAAUUAGUAUGCUGUGAAACCAUAGACAACCUACUGCAAUCUUUAAAACAAGAGAGUGAUUAUUACCUAUCUACUGUAGAGAUAAUAUUGUACAGAACAUCAUUUGAUAGAUUGUCAUUAUUAGCUGUAGAGAUUAUAAUUAUACUGGUUAAUCACUUUAAUAUUCCUGACAAUAAGAAAAUAUCAGUUGGUGAAAGUUUUUUCAACUUCUGGCAAACUUUGUUUCAAUUUGCUCAUCCUACCAGUCAGAUCUGUCAUGUACUACAGAAGAAAACUAUACCAAUAUUUUCAUCACCUUAUACAGGAUAUCUUAGUUGUUGUUUAGUGGAACCAGAAAGUGAUAUAUUAUGUGCUAGACAAGUAGAGAAGUGUUUAGUAUUAGCUGUGUAUGAACACUUAACACUAUAUCUCAGUAACACAUAUCAACCAAGAUAUCUACCUAUUAUAACACAUUAUAUUGGUUUGUUUGCUGAUGAUUCUAUAGUUAGUAAAGAACUGGUUCACUGUUUACUUAAGUUAAGUGUUGUUAUUGUGGAUCCUGUAUUGAAAAGAAGAAUAUCUACUGACAGGAAACCACUCUAUUUAAAAUGUCUAUAUUAUACCCUGAAAGAAUUUUCAGCUAUUAUAGCUAUCAAGACAUUUGAUACAGCACUUUUAGAAAAGAUAUUAUCUAUAUAUCUAGUGUUGUGUAGACCUAUUAACCCCAACAAACAUCUUCCCAGUUUAUUUAAAGCAAUUUGUUCUAGACUCAAUAAGGGAAGGAAUUAUACUGGUGAUAUAUCACCUAGAUAUGAAAGUACAGGAUUAAAUGGUUAUGAUAAAUUUUUACCAACUUUAUAUCAAGGUCAUAUUUCUUGUUUAGAAAUUGAAAAUAAUGAUUUCUCUGAUUUUGAUGCAAAUGCAAUGUAUACAGAGUGUUUAAGCUUAAAUACCAGUUUUGGUAAAAGACGGACAUUGAGUGUAUCGAUAGACACCAAAGAUAAAGGUGGAGGAGCAUCAGAUCAGGCUGAAGAUUCAGAUUGGGAUAGCUGGAGUGAAGAUGAUGAGGAUGAAUCUAACUUGACAUCAACUUUCACAGACUUUUUACUCAAGAUGAAAAAAUCUAUGAAUUUAGAUUGCAAAGAGAUGAUGAAUUCUGAAAUUAAGAAAUUAAAGACUGCAGACAGAGAAACAAUUCAUAGACUUACAACUUUUUAA